GCGACUUCAGAUUUUCCUCACUUGCUUAUAUAUGGUCCUUCGGGUGCAGGCAAAAAGACGCGUAUUUCUUGCCUAUUAGAAGAGUUAUAUGGUCCAGGCGUUCGAAAGCUUAAAACUGAUAUACAAACUUUUACCACGCCUUCUCGAAAACUUGAUAUAACUGUUGUUUCGAGCAAAUAUCAUCUUGAGAUAACCCCUAACGAAGUUGGUUUUUCUGACCGAGUAGUUAUUCAAGAGUUUCUAAAAGAUGUAGCCCAAACAAAACAAGUUGAUUUGUCCAUUAAACACGACUUCAAAGUGGUUAUUAUACAUGAAGCUGAUUCACUUACACGUGAAUCUCAGGCUGCGCUACGCAGAACCAUGGAAUUGUAUAUGUCGAACGUGAGGCUCAUCUUGUGUUGUAAAUCUCCAAGUAAAAUUAUUGAUCCAAUUCGGAGUAGAUGUUUAUUGAUCAGAGUACCUGCUCCUACAAAUGACGAGAUAAUUGAAACACUUUCGAAUAUCGCGAAAAAAGAAUGUAUCAAACUUCCUUUAAAAGUUGCAAAGCUUAUUGCAGAUGAAUCUAAUCGAGAUCUGAGGAAAGCUAUAUUAUCUUUUGAAUCUUUAUACAUGGAAUAG